AUGGUGUGUCCGCCCGGCGUUUCGGCCGCUUCCACUCAGCCCCCGGCGUUGUCCAUCACCAUGAACCCGAACCCCUUCAGGAUGACCAAUCUAAGUCCUACUUCAUCUUCUGGCUCCAUCUUCCCUAAUCUGUUGAUGAAUAAUCAGAUAUGGCGGCAGAAUUUGAUCAAUCAGCAGGCCAAUUUUUUUAUGUUUCUCCAGAAGCUGACUGAGAUGAACAACUUGAAAAGGGAGGCUGCUGAUAAUACAAAGGACAAGGAACAGUCCCCCAAAUUUGAUUUCACAAAGAUUGCGACAUGUGUGGACUCACCGGAGGAAGAGAAACCUUCAUCUUCAAGUACAUCAUCCACCCCCUUGCCUCAAUUUACUCCCUCCUUUCCUCAAACUCCAUUGAUUCGACAGCAGAACAUGUACAAUAAUCUUCGAGCACCAUGGUGAGUCUAAAUUUUUGUAUAAUUUUUACAUCACUGUGGUAGGUUUUUAUUAAUUUUUUAAAUGUUUUUAGGUUUAUGCUACCCGGUCGGCGCAGUGGAAACCGAGCGACAAGGCCAAAGAAACAGUUCAUCUGCCGCUUUUGCAAUCGUCAUUUCACAAAGUCAUAUAAUCUUCUGAUACACGAACGAACACAUACCAACGAAAGGCCUUAUCCUUGUGAGAUCUGCUCGAAGAAAUUUAGAAGACAAGAUCAUCUGAGAGAUCACAAGUAAGUUUGUCUUAAAAUUUUGUUUUUUAAGAAUUAAUAAGUUAUUUACAAUCUGUUUUCAGAUAUACCCAUUCCAAAGAAAAGCCCUACACCUGUGAAGAAUGUGGAAAAGGGUUUUGCCAAGCCCGGACCCUCCAGACCCAUCGAUCCACGGCCCACAAUCUCCCCCCAGCCAAACUCUCAAUGUCCAAAAGGAGUAUUUUUGAGGAGAAGUUGAGUGAAUCUCUCCAAUAUUAUCCUACAACAUCCGACUCCGAUUCCCCGCAAUCUUUGGGAGAGCCAGAAAUUGUGGCCUAA